UCAAAUUAAAUUGAAUAUUUGAAAUGGCAAAACCAAGAACAAGAAAAUUUUAUAUUUUAUCCAGCCAAUUAUGAAAGGCCUAAUGGAAGAUGAAUUGGCGAAACCAACGCUUCAGUUGAUAUAUAUAAGUGAUACAAGAAACCCAAGUUUGAAAUCCACAAGACCUAGCUGCAUAUUUAUCUCUAGCUAAUUUCCAGUGCAUUUGGGAUCGAUCCAGCUUUGAUCUUUGGAAUGGCAGAUAACCAAGAGACCAAGCCCUCUCAAGAACACACAGCUCAAUCCAAACCAUCCAUAUUGCCCGGAACUUACGGUCAGUUACCUGGAUCAAAUUCAGCUGCAAAAACGACAUGGCCUGAUCUAGUCGGCCUCAUGGCGGAAGAAGCAGAAAGAAAGAUAAAGGAAGAUUUUCCUAGAGCUCAAAUUCAAGUGGUUCAACCUGAUUGCUUUGUUACCAUGGAUUUUAAACAGGAUAGAGUUAGAUUAUAUGUCGAUUCAUCAGGGAAAGUUGCAAGAAUCCCUAAAAUUGGCUAACUACUUCAUUGAGGAUUUGCUAUAUUUUUAAAAUUUGAAUUGGCUAAAAGCUUUCGUGAAAGUUUGCUUUUGAGGGUUGUCUUUAUCUGUUGGUUUGCAUCAUGGGGUGUAUGAAUGGUCAAGUUUGUUAAAACAUUUCAAAGCAGCAUUACUUAUUAUGCUAGUUUCAGCUUGAAGAACACCUAUUCAAGUUCUCUCAACCGUUAAUUAAUGGUGUGUUGCCCUAUUUUGAGUUGGGAAGCAUUUUCCAUUUACUAUACCCCACAAUAGAUUAUCAAUUAGUGGAGGUAUAACCACUAGUUAGUGGAGGUAUAACCACUAAUUAGUGGAGGGUUGUCCACUAGUUAGUGGUGUAUUGUCUUGAUAAGCACCAA